AUGGCUUCAAAACGAGCCGUCUUGCCUCUGUUGAGUCGCGAGAUCCGUGUUUCACCAUGGGGAUGGCGCUCGGCCUCAUCGCUCUCGGCAGUCAACCGUCUUGGACGCCAUUCUUCUCUCCGACCGCCGAAGCGCCAAUGCUUUGCGACGGGUGCUUGUAAAACACAGUAUGGCUACGCAAAUACACGGGAUUUCUCUCAAUCAGCCCGAAGGAGGGAUGUGGAAGAAGAGGAGACUCUCGAUCCCACCAAGCUCGACAGAGAGUCAGAUGAAGUAGACGUUUGUAUUGUGGGAGGAGGCCCUGCAGGCCUUGCAGCUGCAAUUCGCCUCAAGCAACUCGCAAAUGAGGCCGGCAACGAGGAGUUCCGAGUCAUUCUCCUGGAAAAGGCAGGUGAGCUGGGGGCUCACAUAGUUUCCGGAAAUGUUCUUCAACCUACAGCUUUGAACGAGCUUCUCCCCGACUGGCUUGACGAGAACAACCCCUCUAGAUUUGAAAAUGUCACACCAGCGAAGAACGACAAGAUGCGCUUUCUGACUAAAAACUCCUCAUUCCCAAUUCCUGCGCCGCCGCAAAUGCACAACCACGGAAACUAUAUUGUUAGUUUGAGUCAACUCACUAAAUGGUUGGGAGAACGGGCUGAAGAGCUAGGAGUGGAAGUCUACCCGGGAUUUGCUGCAAGCGAAGUCUUGUACAAGCCAGACGGUUCCGUGCUUGGUGUGGCAACAAAUGAUCUGGGUAUCGGUCGUGAUGGAAAGCCCAAAGAUAACUUUGAGAGGGGAAUGGAAUUCCAUGCCCGAGUCACCUUGCUCGGCGAAGGCUGCCAUGGUAGCUUGACGAAGCAGGUCAUCAAGAAGUUUGAUCUUCGCCGAGACAGUCAGCCACAAACAUACGGACUAGGGAUCAAAGAGGUAUGGGAAGUCCAACCGGAAAAGUUUAGACCUGGCGAAAUUGUUCAUGCAAUGGGUUAUCCUUUGCCUAAGGACACUUACGGAGGUGCUUGGAUAUACCACUUUGGCGAUAACCUUGUCAGCAUUGGGCUGGUUGUCGGCUUGGACUACCCUAACCCGUGGCUUUCACCAUACGGAGAAUUUCAGAAACUCAAACAUCAUCCUUUAUUCAAAGAAGUUCUUGAAGGCGGCAAGUGUAUCUCAUACGGGGCUCGGGCCCUUAAUGAAGGCGGCUUCCAGUCAAUUCCCAAAGUAGCAUUUCCCGGUGGCGCCCUGAUUGGGGACACCGCAGGUUUCCUAAACGUCCCCAAGAUCAAGGGUACACACACGGCAAUCAAAUCUGGCAUGCUUGCCGCAGAAGCUACAUAUUCUGCUUUGCAAGGAAAUGGCGAAGGUAGCAUCUUUUUAUAUAGCUACGAAGAGGCUUUGCGAAAAUCCUGGAUUUGGAAAGAGCUUUAUGAAGUACGAAAUAUGCGACCUUCCUUUAGCACACCUUUGGGUAUCUACGGUGGAAUUCUGUAUUCGGGAUUGGACGCGUUUAUUCUUCGUGGCAAAGCUCCAUGGACACUAAAGCACCACAAAACUGAUGCAGCGGCUACAAAGCCAGCUUCUGACUGUGAAAAGAUUGAAUACCCUAAACCUGAUGGUGUUCUCAGCUUCGAUAUUCUGACUAGUGUCAGUCGCACCGGCACUAACCACGAGGAAGACCAGCCCGUCCAUCUCCAGGUUAAGGAUUGGGACGCGCAUACUAACGCAGCAUGGCCAAAGUACCGAGGAGUGGAGAACAGAUUCUGCCCUGCCGGCGUCUAUGAAUAUAUCGAGGACCCGUCAAAGGAGCAAGGCGUUCGCUUCCAAAUCAAUGCGCAAAAUUGCAUCCACUGCAAGACCUGUGACAUCAAGGUCCCGACCCAGGAUAUCAAUUGGCAGACGCCCCAAGGCGGCGAGGGCCCCAAAUAUUUCAUCACCUAA